AUGGCAGAAGAAGUGGUGGUAGUAGCCAAAUUUGAUUAUGUGACCCAACAAGAACAAGAGCUGGACAUCAAGAAGAAUGAGAGAUUGUGGCUUCUGGAUGAUUCUAAGUCCUGGUGGCGAGUUCAAAAUUCCAUGGAUAAAAUGGGUUUUGUGCCUUCUAACUACGUGGAAAGGAAAAACAGUGCUCGGAAAGCAUCGAUUGUAAAAGACCUAAAGGAUACGUUAGGCAUUGGAAGAGUGAAAAGAAAACCUCGUGUGCCAGAUUCUGCAUCUCCUGCUGAUGAUAGCUUUUUUGACCCAGGGGAACGUCUGUAUGACCUCAACGUGCCUGCUUAUGUAAAAUUUAACGACAUGGCAGAGAGAGAGGAUGAAUUGUCAUUGAUAAAAGGGACAAAGAUGAUCGUCAUGGAGAAAUGCAGUGAUGGGUGGUGGUGGGGUAGCUAUAAUGGACAUGUUGGAUGGUUCCCUUCAAAGUACAUGACUGAGGAAGGCGACAGUCCUUUGGGUGACCAUGUGGGUUCUUUGUCAGAGAAAUUAGCAGCAGUUGUCAGUAACCUAAAUACUGGGCAAAUGUUACAUCUGGUACAGGCUCUUUACCCAUUCAGGUCGACCAAUGAUGAAGAACUUAAUUUUGAGAAAGGCGAUAUAAUGGAUGUUAUUGAAAAACUUGAAAAUGACCCUGAGUGGUGGAAAUGCAGGAAGAUCAAUGGAAUGGUUGUUCUGGUGCUGAAAAACUAUGUUACCAUUAGGCAGAAUAAUCCAUUAACUUCAGGUUUGGAACCAUCGCCUCCACAGUGUGAUUACAUUAGGCUUUCACUCACUGGAAAGUUUGCUGGCAAUCCAUGGUAUUAUGGGAAAGUCACCAGGCACCAAGCAGAAAUGGCAUUAAAUGAAAGAGGGCAUGAAGUUGAUUUCCUCAUUCAUGAUAGUGAAUCUCCACCAAAUGAUUUUUCAGUAUCACUAAAAGCACAAGGGAAAAAUAAGCAUUUUAAAGUCCAACUAAAAGAAACUGUCCUGCAUUGGGCAGCGUAA